AUGUCAGAGCUCCUCUCAAAGGCUGUACCGAUCGGCGUCAAAUGUCGUGAUGGUGUCGAGAAACUUCUUCAGCGCCUUUUUCGCCGACGCAAUUUUUCCGGAAUCACAACAUUCCUUCCGAUUCUCACUUGGCUACCACAUUAUGACUGGUCUCAUUCUUUCUUCGGUGAUCUCUCUGGUGGACUAACAAUGGCUGUCUUUUCGGUACCACAAGGUAUUGCCCUAGCUGGAAUUACCGGAGUGCCACCGGUAUAUGGUCUAUACACAGCAAUAUUUCCAUCGUUUCUCUACAUUUUUUUCGGUACAUCAAAGCACAAUGCCUUG